GUCUCUCGUCUCUCAAGGACAUGCAGACGACUUCGCGACAUUUUCCAGCCUCUCCUCUUCCAGUGUUACUCGGAUGAGUACCCCGGACGGUCAGUCCGACACCUGAUCCGUCUUGGACGUACGCUCGCCGCGCGUCCUGAUCUCGCGCGCCACAUGAAGUUCCUCAUGUUCUGGGAAGCAAGCGUCGAGCUCGAUGCCUCCGACAAGGCCAUCGUCAAUGACGGCAUCAUGCAGCUUGGCCUACCGCCCAUCCCAGAACACUGGAACGUCAACGGCGAAGGCGAGUACCGCCUGAUUCCGCUCGAGCUCGUCCUCGCCCACACUCGAAACCUUGAGUAUCUCCGCAUGCCGCUCGACUGCGAUUGGAACCUCUGCCUCAUCCCACAGCUCAUCAAAUCCCGGCCCCCAUUUCUGGCCAAGCUAAAGGCCCUGGAAGUACACCACUACUUCAUCGCCGGUGACCGCUUCGACGUCUCCAUCGAUGCCGUCGACGCCAUCGCCCACGCCGCUCCAAACCUCGACUCGCUCUGCCUGCCCAGCCCCAACUGGAACUACGGCGCAUCCCCGGCGCCUCUGGCCCACCUUCGGCGGCUGUACUUCCAGGCGAACUGUAACAUUAACCCGGAGCACCUGACCGCCAUGUUCGAGUCGGCGCCCAAGCUGGAGGUGCUCGCGCUGCAUUGGAACGCGUUGGACGAUGCGUACGACUUUGUCGACGACCGGCGCACGACGGACGCGUGGGAGGCGAUUGAGCGCAGGAAGGAUACGCUCAGGGAGAUCCGGUUGGACAUCAGGAGCGAUACCGAGCAUGGAGAUGGCGAGCGGGAUUCGCUCAAGGAUUUUGAGAAGCUCGAGGUGCUCAUGGUCAAUGGGCAUGCGCUGGACGCGUUGAGGGAGGUGUGGGUGCGAAGGAACAGGAACACGAGGGCGGAGAGCUUCCUCUCGACCUUGUUUCCGCCUUCGAUCAGGGAGGUGACGUUCUGGGGACUGGAUGGCGUGAAAAUGCAGGCGGCCAUGUUGAGGUUCGCGAAGGUGGUGGCCGUGGGGCGGUAUCCUAAAUUGGAGAGAGUGGUACUGGCG